CUGCAGUGAACGCUCCGGAGUCAUUUAGUCCUUCCUCAUUGUCCUCCUCUCACUGCACUACCACCAAGCUGCACUGGUCAAACCCCAGCCAUGAGCUCUGAAGAACAAUAUAAGCUGUUCAUGGAUCUUUUCAAUGACACCUACUAUAACACUGAGUAUGUGUCCAAUGAAACUGUCUGGCUUUGUGAAAAGCAGGCUGUCAACAAGUUUGGUGCGAGAUUCAUCCCAGUUUUCUACUAUGCCAACUUCCUCCUGAGUUACCUUGGUAAUGGGCUCGUCCUCUUCAUUAUCUACAAGUAUGAGAAGCUCUGCACAGUGACAAACAUCUUCCUCCUGAAUUUGGUCCUGUCCAACCUUCUCUUUGCCGCCAGUCUCCCCUUCUGGGCAACCUACCAUAUGUCUGAGUGGAUUUUUGGGAUGGUUCUGUGUAAGAUGGUCAGCAGUGCCUACUUCAUCGGCUUCUACAGCUCCAUCCUCUUCCUCACACUCAUGACAUUUGACCGAUACCUUGCAGUGGUUCAUGCAGUGGCAGCCGCUAAGAGCAGGAAAAAGGCAUAUGCCAUCAUUGCCUCAGUGGCAGUUUGGUGCAUUAGUAUUGUAGCGAGUGUGAAAGAGCUGGUUCUCCAAAAUGUGUGGAAGAGUCCGUUGAAUGGCCUGAUAUGUGAGGAGUCAGGAUAUACUGAGAGCACCAUGGAGCGCUGGCGUCUGGUCAGUUACUACCAACAAUUCCUGCUCUUCUUCCUCCUCCCUCUGGCCAUGGUGAUGUACUGCUACAUCAGCAUCACUGUCCGCAUCCUAUCCACCCGCAUGAAGGAGAAGUGUCGCGCCAUCAAACUCAUUUUUGUCAUCAUCUUCACCUUCUUCGCCUGCUGGACACCCUACAAUAUUGUGAUCCUCCUUCGAGCUAUUCAGAUCUCUCGCCCCAGUGAAGGUGACGACUCGUGUUCGGAUGAAGAAAGCCUGGAUUAUGCACUGUAUGUGACCCGGAACAUAGCUUAUUUGUAUUGUUGCAUUAGUCCCGUGUUUUACACAUUUGUGGGAAAGAAGUUCCAGAGCCACUUCAAAAGGCUGAUGUCUAAGAGGAUCCCCUGUCUGAAGAGACACAUGAGCCUCAGCAGCCAGAGCACCAGAACCACAUCCCAGAGGACACCGCACUCUGCUUAUGAGUACUAAAAAAAAAAAAAAACACAAACAAGCCAGAAAUCUGGGUGUAGUUAUGGAUUCAGACCUCAAUCUGAAC